CUGUACUAUCGGUACGUACUAGCACCUACCGAUACCAUGGCUAAGUCUCAUCCACAAYCAUGAAAAAUAGUAGCAUGUCCCAAAAACCGAAAAGGAUGUAAUUUGAAUGUCGUCCUGCUGGAAGGAGAAAGGAAUCCCAUCUUUUCUACAUCUAUCAAAGGCAAGCCCCAUGCUGGCAAGUCCUUAUUGGCAAUCAUAGUACUUCUGCAGAGUAACGGCUGCCAUUUUUUUCUUUUUCCUGUCUCCAUUUCCCCUCUCCUCGUCCCCCCUCCACACAAAAAACUACAAGUCCAUUACUAUAUCUCUUUCUGGUCCUUCCUCCUCGGGAUCUAAUAUCAGUGGUUGUUACUACUUCAAAAUUUCCACUGCACUCCUCACUACUACUGGAUAACAUCCAUUACCGGCGAGAAAUUGAAUCAUGAAAAUGUUUUUAUUUUUGUCCUUGGGAUAGUGUUGAACAGCAGUUUGUUGAACAGGGCCUUCCUCUAGUUUUUGAAGACGGAAGCUGCCAACCAAGAUCAGGGUUUCCCAUWGGUUUCCUCUGUGUUCAAACAAACUUAUCGCGGGUGUCUUCUCUUGUUCCAGCAGUAGGGAGGAGCUUGCGCGGACACAGCUCCGAUGGAGAAACAGUCACCCACCACAGCGGUCUUCGUCUGUCGUCUUGCGAUGCCUGCAAACGAUAACGAUAUCGAUGGCGRUCRCAKCCGUGCAUGCGUGGACCGACGAAUGGCGCAUCCCCUCGUGGGAUUUGCUGCCACGGGCGUCUGCUCUGAUUGCGAGAUGGAAAAGUCUUGCACGAACAAUGCAUCACGACGUUUGGAAUUUUCAUMGACGGCGACAUGUUUUUCGGUUGCUUUUUCGGUGCCAAGGUCCCUUUGGAUGCCGUGGCUUUGGUCGUCUUUUCACGCCUUCCCCGGAGAGUCGUUGCAGUGCCAAGCCCGCGCUCGACCCCUGCCCUGUCGACUCGAUACGGUGAGUCGAAUCGCAUUGAAUCGAAGCGACUAGCUCUGCUGCCAUUCCGCUGCCAUUCCGAUGGAUUCCUUGUUUCGCGAGGGAUCGGUGGAGGGACGGACCAAAGACCUCGAAUCCGAAUCCAAUCCCAUUCCAUUCGAUUCGUUCGGCGUGCCGUCCUCAGCAGAAAGGGACAAGUCCCACGAGCAGCGGCAGCAGCACCGCAAGGGCCCCCGCGGGGAGCCCCCCGGCCGCACCGCUGCCCUGCAGUGCUUGCGCAGUCUCCACGGUUUGGUCCCCGCCGUCGCUUCCCCCGAUGCCGCUGCUGUCGCUCGGAUCGGAGCGCUCCCGCUCGUACAGAUCCUUGCGRCCCUCGAUCAUGGCCUCGUCGAUUGCCCCGUCGUCGAUGUUGUAUUCGUCGUCGUCGAAUUCGUACCAGGUGGUUGGUGCCCCGGUGGAGGCCUCGCCGAACGCACUGCCGGCGAGGUCGUCGGCAAAGGGAGGCCGGUAGAUGUGGUUGUGCUCAAAGGCCGCUUCGUGGAGGUCCCGUUGCUGCUGGUUCCCGCWGGUGGGUCGACCACCGCGGACGCUGGGUCCCGAUCCCGCGAGAGACAAGGCGAACGGAAGCCAACCCGGACCUUCGAUCCCUUUCGUUGUCCCUGCGAUCGCCACCGUUGCCAGUGCGAGCGUUGCGGCAACRGUUGCUGCCGUUGUUACCGCUGUUGCUAUCGCUAUCGAGKAUGCUGGUCUCAUCGUGUCGUCCGGUUGGCUUGUUGACCCGAUUGGAGCCGCGGCCUUUCUACAAACUGAUCUUGAUUUCUGCGUGUUUGGCUGUUUCGUGAUCAGUCCUGUGUCGUCCUGUGCAGAAACGCGACCCGACGACGUUCGRUGGAACAACGGACGGRAUGUACGUUACACUCGAGGACGAAGAACGAUAGGAGUCGGAGAUCGCAGCGCUCUGAUUCUUUGACGUCGYGAUACAGCUUUGCCGGAGCGAUAUCACAGCGUUUGGCCCGUGAUCUUUUGACAAGGUGUCGUCGUAUCCUGGUAUGGGUUCGUACCGGUAUACUCGUACUACCGGUAUGCUUGUAUUGUGGUGUCGUUURUUGGUCCGAAGCCUGCUGUCUCGAGUCUCGAACAUGCUCUGUGCCACAACAAUUCAAAAAUGCGCGGCGUGCCGACGGUGGCCUAUUGGGAUACAUACUUUACUUACCGCACAAAUCAACGGCAAAGACGGGUUUCCGUUCACGACUCAGCAGAGCGGAAACCGGCAUGGCGCGCUUUGUAAUCAAUUCAAUCAUCUACU